AUGCUCUUCCGUCCGCCCUCCCUCGCCUCCCGCUCCUCCUUUGCCUUCCUCCGCCGCCGUCUCCUCGCGUCCCCAGCAGCCCUGCCUUCCCUUUCUCCGCGACGCACCAUGACGGGCUUCAAGCAGGAACCACAUAAACUUUUGGUCAUCCCCGGGCCCAUCGAGGUCACAGAUGAGGUUCUCUACGCAAAUGCACAUCCGUCCAUGUCCCAUAUGUCUGCGGACUUUGUCCCCGUCCUCGGGGACUGCAUUCGCAUGACGAGGGAGGUACUUUUCAGCACCACCGCGCAGCCCUUCAUCAUCGCCGGCUCGGGCACCCUUGGCUGGGAUGAGGUCGCGGCAAAUCUGACGGAGCCGGGCGACAGCGUCCUCGUGCUCAACAGCGGCUAUUUUGGGGACAGCUUUGCAGACUGCUUACGAACAUAUGGCGCGGAGGUGGACGAGGUCCAUGCGGCGUUCGGCGCCGCUGCUAGACUCUCCGAAGUCGAGAAGGCACUCUCAUCCAAGAAGUACAAGAUCGUCGCGUUUACGCAUGUCGAUACGUCAACAGGUGUUCUGAGCGACGCGAACGGCGUUGCAGAGACGGUCAAGCGUGUUUCGCCAGAUACCCUCGUCGUCAUGGAUGGCGUAUGCUCCGUCGCGAGCGAGGAGAUCCGCAUGGAUGCGUGGGGGCUCGACGUCGUGCUCACUGCGAGCCAAAAGGGCCUCGGUACGCCUCCUGGACUGAGCAUUCUCGUCGCUAGCCAGAAAGCCAUCAAGGCUUUUGAGGCCCGCACUCGCCCGCCAGCGUCAUAUUACGCAUCCUGGAAGAAAUGGCUGCCAGUGAUGCGCGCGUACGAGUCCGGUAGCGCUGCCUACUUCGCGACACCGCCUGUGAACCUUGUCUACGCGUAUCACGCGUCGCUCAUGCAGAUCACGCGCGGGAGCCCGUCGCUCGAGGAGCGCUUCGCAUUGCAUCGAAAAGCGAGCGCCCGUGUGAAGGAGGCGGCCGCGGCGCUUGGGCUGAAGCAGCUCCCCUUGCAGGCAGGCGAGGCGGCGAAUGGGAUGACGGCGGUUUACUUCCCCGAGGGCAUUUCGGCACCAGAUAUCGUACCGCGCAUGCUGAAGAAGGACGUCGUAAUCGCUGGCGGGCUGCAUAAGGACGCCAAAGAUAAGUACUUCCGCAUUGGGCACAUGGGUGUCACCGUCGUGAACGAGGCACGCGGCGACAUCGACAAGAUCAUCUCCGCGCUCAAAGAGACUUUCGCGGAGGCCGAGGCCGAGCUUCGCAAGAAAGCGUGAGAGUGUUCCUUUCCUUCCCAAUCCCAAGUGAAUUAUCCCUGUCGGUGGUGGCGUAAAGCCCGCGUGUCCGGGAGACGAUGUAGCUGAAACUCAACUCCAUACCAUGAAUGCAUUGUGUGCACGUUCUGCGCACCUGCUAUGUUGGAUUCGUG